CAAUCCUGAUUUUAAUAAAAUAGUGAAUGAAAUAACAAAUUAGAUAAUUUAAAUAAUACAUACAAUUCGCUGAAUAUAUUAGUGAGUGUAAUUAAUUACCUUAGCAAUAAUUUAAUAUGCUAUCAAAUUAUUGUAAGUAAUGUGGUAAUCUUCACGAAGAUUAGGAAUGUGCUGUAAACUCUACAGUGAUUGAAUGGAAAUAUGAAGGUAAUGUUGUCACACUUUAUGGCUCAUGGAGUCAUUUCUAAGUAGGCUAUCCAAUGAUGAAAUCUAAACAGCCUCCUUAGUAAAUUAUAUUAUAAUAUAAUAGUUUCUUAUAAGCAGAGAUUAAUCCACCAUUACCUCCAGGGGUGCAUUAAUAUAAAUUUAACGUUGAUGGAGUUUGGAAACAUGAUCUAAAUGCAGAUGUAGUUUAUAAUAAUUUUGGGACUUAUAAUAAUUGGGUAUUUAGAUGAUAACAUAAUUAAUAUAGUUGGAAGUUGUUCCAAGAAAGUUGAUAUAAGUAGACAGUUCUGAUGACCAAGAGCCAAAUACAGACGAAGAUGUUUAAUUUAGAUAAAACUAUAAAGUAAACAUAAGCUUAUCACUUAUAUAGUAAGACUUAAUGAAAGUAAAGGUGCGCACAUAUUUGGACUGGAAUGAAAUGUUUGUUAUGGGUUCAUGGGAUGAAUGGAAACAACCAAUUAAAUUAAAUAGGAAAUUCUUAGGUUUUGCUAAAAAAUACAUUAAUUAUGCAUAUUUACAUCUAGCUCCUGGUUCAUAUUAAUACAAAUUUCUUAUUGCUGGAUAAUAUGUUUAUGAUGAAACCUUACCUACCAUAGACAAUAAUUAUACAUCUAAAAAUAACAUACUUCACGUGAAUAGAAAAUAACAGCAUUAUCAUCCAUAAAAUUAUGAUAAUGUUUAUUUCACACAAUAUUAAAUACAAAAGAAAUAUGAAAGAAUCCACGGUUUGACUAUGACAGGAAUUGGAAAUGAAUUUUAUAUCUUUGGUGGUAGAGGAACAGGCCAUAACUUUAAAAACGAUCUUCAUAUACUAAAUCCGAGGACUAAGGAACUCAGAAUUAUAGAAGAUACUAAAGGACCUAUUCCAGAUCCAAGAGCAUUUCAUAAGUAUUUAAAAUAUAAUAUACAUCUAGUGCAAUUAAAUAUGGCAAUAAAAUAAUCUAUUAUGGAGGACUCAACUCUGAUUUAAUUUUUGAUGAUUAUUAUGUCUAUAACACUACAUCUAAAACCUGGAUUUAAAGCAAACCGAAAGGAUAAUUACCUUCGCCUAGAGAGAAAGCCUCUCUUACUUUGUUAUCCAAUUAUCAAUCACUUAUAUACUUUGGAGGAUAUUAUUGUAGUCAUGAUCUUGAAGUCUAAAAAACAUAUAAUGAUCUUUAUUGUCUUGAUUUAACUACAAUGAUGUGGACACAGUAUUUAUUAUUAUUAUAAAUAGUUAUGAUCUUGAUGAACAUGCUCUUAAACCUCCUCCAAGAUCUGCACAUUCAGCUACUUAAAUUAAAGAUAAACUUUACAUCUUUGGAGGAUAAUCUCUACCUGAAGGACAUUAUACUCCAAAUUUUAAUGAUUUAUGGAUUUUAGAUUUCUCAAAAGAAGCUAGUUGGGCUAAUCUAACACCAAUUAUGAAAGGAGAACCACCCACUCCAAGACAUGGACAUUUAGGAAGUGCUUUAGGUGGUCACUUAUUUAUCUAUGGAGGAAGAGGUGAACAUUCAAAUGACAUUCUCGGAGAUCUCUAUCAUUUCAAUCCAGAAACCUUGCUUUGGUAUUUUAUCUUAUCUAACAUUUUAAGGACAAAACCUAAAAUACAUGGAACUAUCCCUAUUCCAAGAUGUUAUUGUGCUGCAGAUACAAUGGGUAAUGGAAAUGAAUUAUGGAUCAUUGGAGGACAUAAAGGAAAUAUGAUUUUCAAUCAAUAGUAAUUAUUAUUCUUAUGAAACUAGAAACCAAACUCAUGUCUAUGUCAUGUCAUUUGAAGAAAGAGAUGAUGAUGACAUCUUCGGAUCUCCUAAAGUUGUAGGUAGAAAACCAGAAUUUGUUAUGGAUAUUGUCAAAGCAAUAACUAAAUGAUGAACAAUUUUUUAUUAUAUUUAUCAUGCU